AUGGAGAAUACAAACAAUGUGUCUGAAUUCAUCCUAUUGGGACUUAGUCAGAAUUGGAACCUAGAGAAAGCCUCUUUCGUGUUGUUUUUGGUCUUCUACUCAGCAAUUUUGCUUGGCAAUCUACUUAUCAUUACCACAGUCAAGAGCAGCCCACAUCUAGAUUCUCCCAUGUAUUUCUUCCUUGGUUAUCUCUCCUUUGUAGACAUCUGCUACUCCUCUGUCACUGCUCCCAAAUUGAUUGGUGACUUCCUUGUGGAAAAGAAAACUAUAUCCUUUAUUGGCUGCAUAGCACAGCUGUUUGGGGUCCAUUUCUUUGGCUGCACUGAGAUCUUUCUUCUAACUAUGAUGGCGUAUGACCGGUACGUUGCAAUCUGUAAGCCCCUCCAUUAUACAACAAUUAUGAACAAGACUGUGUGCAGCUGGAUGGUGGUGGCUUCCUGGCUAGGAGGGUUUGUGCAUUCCAUAGUACAGACUCUUCUCACCACACAUCUUCUUUUCUGUGGGCCAAAUGAAAUUGACCAUUAUUUCUGUGAUGUUCAUCCUUUAUUAAAAUUGGCCUGUACUGAUACCUACAUCGUGGGACUCAUUGUCAUUGCCAAUAGUGGUAUGAUUUCUCUGAGCUGCUUUAUUGUGUUGACUGUUUCAUACAUUGUCAUCCUUGAUUCACUGAGAACACAUUCCUCUGAAGGGCGCAUGAAAGCCUUGUCUACCUGUGCUUCUCACAUCACUGUAGUAAUCUUAUUUUUUUUCAUAGCGCAAGAAGUUUACCCUGACUUCGAGCUUCUGGGUUUUUCCUUUGAGGGGCAAUUCUACAUGGACAGAGCUCUACCUAUGGAUUGCUCUGUCUCAUAUUCAGCUUUUGAACGCUUCAGCAUGCUCCUUGAAUGGGCUGUUCGUGAGAAAGUGGGUUUACAGGAAGUGGUUCAUUAUUUAGAUGACUACUUCUUUGUGGGUGCUGAAGGGACUGGGUGUUGUACAAAGUUAAUGUCUGGCUUUAUGGAGCUGGCGGUGGAACUGGGUGUUCCACUGGCACAGGAAAAGACAGAGGGUCCAGCACAAAUACUUACUUUUGGGGGGAUUGAGUUGAGUCAGCAAGAAGCCUGA